AUGGCUUCUUAUGACCAUAUCAACGAUUUGCAUCUCGAUAGAACAAAUUGGAGCCUCCGAGUUAAGGUACUGAAGAAAUGGAUCGAUCAAGGAACUCCUAAUCGUGAUUCGUUACAGAUGAUGCUCAUGGACGAAGAGGGUGAUAUGGUUCAAGCAUAUCUGUAUCAUGCCGGUUUGAUUAAGUUAUAUGAUAGAGAAAUUAACGAGGGUGAUUGGAAGACUAUCAAAGAUUUUGUGGUCUUUGAAGAUCCAUUACCAGAACCAAAUUCUCCAAUCAGUUGGUCUAUACAGUUAUUGGAAAAUACGACUAUAACUGAUACUGAACCAAGGGAAGUGGAAUCUGGAAAGGGCUUCUAUUCUUUCUCCGAAAUUCUUAAAGGCGAAGCCGAUUCUGAAUUCCCUGUUGAUCUUUUGGGUUUUGUUAUUAGUACAGAAGAACUAAAGGUUAUAAAAGAUCAAACUUGCCCAAAUAGGCCUAACAAAAUGACUCCUUCUAUUACUUUCACAAUGAAAGAUCACAAUGAUAUGCAGAUUCAGUGCAAUGCCGUAGGACAAUUAGCUGUUGAUUUCAAUAACAAAAUAUGGGAUGUUAGACAAAUUCCUGCUUUGUGUCUUCUAACUGAUUGGAGUAUCAAAAAUGAUGGAGGUAAUAUAUAUCUCAAAAGCAGAGGUGGAAUAACAAGAUUUGAAUUUCACCCUGAGUUAGAAGUAGCGGAAUCCUUUUGUAAAAUGUUUUGGAAUAAUGAGAAGAAAUCAAACAAGUCAAAAGGAGCAAUGAAGAAUGAUGCCAAAGCUACAUCAUCAUCGAAGAAGCAGAAGAAAUAA